AUGGAUUCCCAGUCGUUGGGAACUUUGCAAUCGCCAUCAACGUUCUCAGAGAGCUCGAAGACCGGCAGCAGUAGGUCGGCGGCUAGCUCUGGUAAAGAGAAGGAACAGGAUUUCACUAAGGACAAUGUCACUUCGCCAAUCGACUUGGAGUGCCACAUUCAAGCGGAGCGUAUCACCAAGAUUCUUGACGAGGCGAUCUAUAAGACCAGGCUCGCCGUGUGCCUGCCCAACUUGGUGAAGGAGUACCGGACCCUGAGCUCGAUCCUGUCUUCGCAGCACAUGGACGACCUAGUGCUGAUAUUCGAGCAGUACGACAGUCCGCUGUUCUCCACCAGUAUUCUGAACUUGGCCGCUAUGGACGAUCUAAAAAAUGGUGACAUAUCGUUGAAGAAUCGCCUGAACCCCGAGCUAGGUCUGCUGCUGUACAUCAUGAGCAGUUAUCCAGCCUUGAAGCCUGUGGUGAACAACAUGGUGGAUGAGGAUAAAUUAACGCCUAGCUUGAAAUAUCUUCUCGCAUUUGAAAAUUUUCGAGAUCUAAUGGUGAAACAAAUGGAAACUACUGCCGCCGAAGAACUGGCUAUGAAGCUGAAGACUAGGAAACUGGAGGCCUCCAAUGAGAAACUGAUUGAAAAAAUAAACGAAUACACAAAGACUUUGAAAGAGGAGACCGAUAAUUUUGAAGAGAACAUGCGAAUCAAGGCCGACAUCAUUGCAAGCUUAGAGAAAGAACUUGCGGUGCAAAACCAAGAAACUUCCGUGAGGAUCCAGAAAAAGAUACUGGAUUCGGAACGUCAGAUGGUGUUAGCGACUCGCGCGCACAUCGUCAAAAGUGAGAUGCUAAAAGAGGAAGAAGUAGAGAGCAGGGAGAAUUAUGAGCAGCUUUUGAAAGCGCAUCUUGUUGACGAGAAAAAUCAAAGAGCGCGCAGGCUUAAGGUGGAGACACAGCUCCUGUCGUGGCUGCAAAAGUACGACGGCGAAAUGGCCGACAAACAAGUGGAGCUCGACGAGUACACGGAUAAAUACGAAGAUGAGGUAAAGAAAUGCGAAGAACUGGAGGCGAAACUAGCUGAACAAGACAAAGAAUAUAUACCUCUGAUGGAGGAAAGAGAGGCAGAAUACCAGCAAGAGAUGGCGGAGAAGAUGAACAAGUUCCUUAUCGAGCACGCUGCAAGAGUUAUACAACAUGCUUGGAGAGAGGUUCUUGCGAAUCGGGUGGAAAAGAAACGACUCAAAAAGCUUCUAAAGAAAAUGCAGGCGGCCGAGGACAAAAAGGCGAAAAAG